UGAGGAGGGGGUGUAGCAAGAAGCUUUGGCCCACCGGACAAAAUGUCACCUUGCCCCCCCUCGGUAUAUUUUGCCGACGGAAAGGCUUCCCUUCCAGGGCCAUCCCCCACCUCGUCGUCGACGGCCCGACAUUAAGGAGUUAGUUAAGGAGUUACCUUGAUAUUAUACUGGGUAACAAAAAAAAACACGUUUUGUUCAAUUUGGAUGAUUGUGUGCUUCUGCUUUCGUUUUGACCAUGUACAAAUGUAACUGACAUGCUUUGAAUAUUUUUCAUUAUGAGUCAUAAAUUGUAGAAGUCAGUAUUGCUACAAGAACUUUGAUCACUUUAAGUCCCAGUGUCUAUUUUUUCGUAACGUCCGGUUCGCAUUAUGAAAUAGGUUUGGUUUCCUACUAUGCAAUACAGUAUUAUGCAAUUUCCUUUGGGAUUAUCUAUCUAUCUAUCUAUCUAUCUAUCUAUCUAUCUAUCUAUCUAUCUAUCUAUCUAUCUGUCGUCUAUUCGUCUGUCUGUCUAAUGGAGUUCAUGAACUAAUACAUUCAUUUAUUUGAAUUACUUGAAAGUUGCACUGUUCUCACACUCCAUCCCCCAUCCUGCUAAAAUGUCAUGAUGCCUCGAAUUAUACUGAAGGUUCAAUGAAUGGCUAAAUAAAGUGUUAAGGUGACUUGUUUUUUUAGAUCCUUGCUGGGGAAUAUGGCUAUAGACAUUUGGCAGUAACUGUGCAUAUAUAACAGUUAUUUUCCUUGCAAUUGAGUAUACGUUUUUAUAUUGAAAAUCAGCCGUCUUAUGUAGAGGGCAAGGGCAUCUCAGACUCACUUGAAUUAAACUAGAUGCUUCAGCUCUAGAUUGCAAGUCUUUUUCUUUUUUGUGACAUGCAUUUGGGUGUGUGAGAGGGUUUUGUUCAGUUAGGCUGGCAAAGGAGAUAGAUUGUGAUGGAGUGUACUGCUGCUUAGAGAUUAGGAGGCGAUGAAGGCAGGGAGAGUUUAAAAACUGUACAUGCUGCCUUUCCUUCGUCCCCUUGAGUAUUGGCCCGUUUGUCCUCUGUCUUCAUGACCACAAACCAGGAGCCGGAUCUCCUAGAAGAGGAGGUGCAAGAAAACAGAGCUGUUCAAAACUCGGUGUACAGCUCCAUCGGACCGGCGACAGACGAUGAUGCUUUCUCCACGUACUUUGAGGAGAAGAUCCCUGUUCCUGAACAUGGUGGUCAGAUGGGCUUCAGUUUUCGGAAGCUGUGGGCUUUCACUGGGCCUGGCUUCCUGAUGAGCAUUGCGUACCUGGACCCAGGAAACAUCGAAUCUGACUUGCAGUCUGGUGCCAAAGCUGGAUUUAAGCUACUUUGGGUCCUGCUGGGCGCCACCAUCAUCGGCCUGCUGCUGCAGCGGCUCGCGGCUCGGCUGGGCGUCGUCACCGGCAUGCACCUGGCGGAGGUCUGCAACAGGCAGUAUCCCACCGUUCCUCGUAUAAUCCUGUGGUUCAUGGUUGAGCUGGCUAUCAUCGGUUCAGACAUGCAGGAGGUCAUCGGCUGUGCCAUUGCAUUCAACCUCCUCUCCGCGGGCAGGAUCCCGCUGUGGGCCGGCGUCCUCAUCACCAUCUUUGACACGUUCGUUUUCCUCUUUCUGGACAAGUACGGUCUGAGGAAACUCGAGGCCUUUUUCGGAUUUCUCAUCACGAUUAUGGCCAUCACAUUUGGAUACGAGUACGUGGUUGCAGGACCGAACCAAGGAGAACUGCUGAAGGGGAUGUUUUUGCCCUACUGCAAGGAUUGUGGUCCUGUCCAGCUGGAGCAAGCUGUGGGCAUCGUGGGAGCUGUCAUAAUGCCACACAACAUCUAUCUACAUUCUGCCCUCGUUAAGUCUCGCCAGGUUGACAGAACCAACAAGAAGGAAGUGAAGGAAGCCAACAAAUACUUCUUCAUAGAGUCAGCAGUAGCGCUCUUCGUGUCCUUCCUCAUCAAUGUCUUUGUGGUGGCGGUCUUUGCUGAGGCCUUCUAUGAUCGUACCAACCUCUACGUGCAUGAGAAAUGUAACCAGACAGGAAGCCCACACGCUGCCCUUUUCCCCCAAAAUAACGGCACGCUAGAAGUGGACAUCUACAAAGGGGGCGUGGUUCUGGGCUGCUUCUUUGGGCCAGCGGCGCUGUACAUCUGGGCGCUGGGCAUUCUCGCAGCAGGGCAGAGCUCCACAAUGACCGGGACCUAUUCCGGGCAGUUCGUCAUGGAGGGAUUCCUGAACCUACGCUGGUCCCGUUUCGCGCGGGUGCUACUGACACGCUCCAUCGCCAUCACACCCACCCUGCUGGUGGCCAUCUUCCAGGACGUGCAUCGCCUCACGGGCAUGAACGACUUCCUCAACGUGCUGCAGAGCAUGCAGCUCCCGUUUGCUUUGAUCCCAAUAUUGACGUUCACCAGCCUGUCUUCUCUCAUGAAUGAGUUUGCUAAUGGAAUAGCCUGGAAGGUUGCUGGAGGCACGGUCAUCCUCCUGGUGUGCGCCAUCAACAUGUACUUCGUAGUGGUGUAUGUCACCACCCUAAAUAGUGUUCUGCUCUACGUGUUGGCCUCCAUCCUCUCUGUCGCCUACCUCUGCUUUGUGGUGUACUUGGCUUGGCAGUGUUUGGUCGCCUUGGGGCUGUCCUGUCUGGACUUUGGCAGCAGGGUGAAAAUGGGGAUCACAGGCCACAGGAACGUUUACUUACUGAACGACAUGGAGGUGCCAGAGGGCGCUGAGGUGUCGUAUGUGAGGACAGAGAAUGAGAGUGGAGACGACAAGCAUGGGCAGAAGGAAUGACCUCCCCUGGAUACCUGCUGGAGCGGAAAUGGCUCCUGUUCAGCCAGUGCUACUUCGCUGUGCCUUAUGUGUAACGUGAGUAACGUUGCACAAAAAUGGCUUUUCUUUCGGUGUCAGCUUUGGUUAUAGUGGGUGUGAAGGGAACAGUUAAGUUUAGCAGUGAAACAGAGUGUAAACCUGUUCUAAACUGCAAGAUCGUGGUGUACUUUGACCUCUUCUCAAAACUUGGUUGCCUGUAUUUUCUUGACUAUUUCCUGUAUAUUUCAGGGUUUUUGAAAACCUUGACAUAUUGGAAAUUAAAUUUUAAAUCCUGAAAAUAUUACGAAUUUUUUAAUAAUUUAAAAUGAAUUUGUUUACAAAACAUUUAGUAGAAAUAUGCAUAUGUAUUUAUUUUAUUGUGCUUUGUAUAUUUGGCAGCACAGUGGUUCAUUGAACAGCGCUACUGCCCCAUGACCUCAAGGUUGAGGGUCCGAAUCCAUCAUCCAAUCUGUGUGUGUGGAGCUUGCAUGCUCCCUCUGUAUUGCUCAGAAUUCCUCUACAUAGUCUCAUUUCCUCCCAAAGUCCAAAGAUGUGCCCUGAGGCCAACUGGCAUCUCUAAAUUGCUCACUGUACGUAUGCGCAGUGUGACAGACAUCCAGAUAGUCAUCCCGAAUGUACCUAGUGCUCACUGGGAUAGGCUCUGGGCCCCUCCUCAACCCAGUCCAGGAAAAGAGGUUGGAAGAUGGAUGGAUGAUUUUUAAAUAUAUUUUUACACUCACAGUGGCCAGUUUAUUAGCUACACCAGCUUGCUUACGCAAACUGCUUGUUCUUUUAAACACUAAAUGAUGUGGCUGCAGAUAUUUGCAGCACGCAGGCAAGGUCAAGAGGUUCAGUUACUGUUUGACUAAAAAUGAGAGUGGCUGAGACGCCUGAUCUACCUGCUUUUUAGGUCUGGGUGAUAUGGACCAAAAACCAUAUCUGGGUAUUUUUAGGCAGAAUAUCAAUACAUGCUAUAAAUCUCAGUAUUUUCUAAGAAGUGGAGGCUACAUGUGUAGUUUUUCAGUCAAAGGCAUGUGUGUGAUGUCACAAACAUGUGCAUUAAAACAGAGUGUGGUAAAAAUUAAAUGCAAACGUAACUAUUUAGUAUAGACAAAUUAGAACAAGUCUAAAAAUAAAGACAAAAAUUAUGCCUUUAUUAGUAUUGCAUGGUGUCAAGUAAAGCAACUAUGACAUAAGUGUUUCAAUCCACUAUAUCAAUCAACAAACUUGUUUUUCGUCAGUUUAUGACAGAAGGUGAAGGUUUAGGAACAAAAAAAUACUAAAUCUAAAAUCAAUUUGGCCAACGGUUCUAAAAACAGAAGCCCAACAAUCAAUGAAAGUACAUUUAAUAACUGGAUAGAUCCGCAUCGUAGGUAUUACCCUUCAGUAACAUAAAACAGAUGCUGCAUCCAUUUGUGAUUAUUUUUAAACUGAAUGAACCCCUAAAUCCCUUGUGAAGCCUCUGACCAAUCAGAAUCAGGAAUUAUUAAACUAACUACCUGGGAGAACUGAAAACAAGGCCUGGAUUUGGAAUCGAGGUCCGGAUUUGAAAAUUGAAAAUUGCUUUUCAAUGUGGUGUGAUUGUUGGUGCCAAACGUGAUGAUUCUAACAUGGGAUUUUGCGGACUAUAGUGUCCAGAGUUUGUGUCUAGUAGAGUUUGGUGUGGUGAACAAAAAACAUCAGUCAGUGGCACUUCUGUGGGCAGAAACAGCGUGUUGAUGAGGAAGGUCAGAGGAGAAUGGCCAGACUUAUUAAAACCAACCAGAAGUCAACAGGUGCAAAAAUAACAGCUCAGUACAG